CGCACGCGCGUCACCGAACGACGCUUGCGCGUAUAUAAGGUUAGACAUAAACAUCUGUUAUGGCCAAGCGAGGAUAACGUGUUUGGACAACUGAACUGUUAGCGAAAUGGGCAAAUAUUGUUUGUUGUGCGGUAAUCUGACAAACAACAAAACUGUAUCUUAUCACAGAUUUCCGAAAGAUAAGGACAUUAGAAAAAAAUGGCUAUCUUUCUGUGGAAUCAAGGAAGAAGUCCUUAAUACCGCAACUUUCUUAUGCUCACAGCAUUUCAAGAAAGAAGAUUUAAAACAAAAAUCAAAUAGCUUUAGUUUAAAUACUGGAUCAAUACCAUCCAUUUAUGAUAUAAAGAAAAAAAAGAAAAGAUCAAAUACAACAGAUGAAAAUUGCCCAACUACCAGCUCUCAAUGAAAGCACAAGAAUUGGAUGAAAUUGAGUCCGUUAUAGUAAAUUAAUACAUUUUAAAAAUCAAUGAUGUACGGCGUUAAUGUCGGGAACGCACGUUGCGUGGCUUAUGUAUUUAUGACUGUAUGUAUUCAUAACUCAUAACUAAGU